CUCUCCGGUCUCUUCGAAUGGGCAGAGAACGACCGUUUCUCCUUCGACGACUCCGACCGCUUCGAGGAGGACUCGUUGUGCAGCUUCAGCAGCGAGCACGAGUCGCUCUGCAAUAACUGGCGAGGAUGGCGACGACCCGCCGCGGCCUUCGGCAUGUCCAAGAAGCCCUUCGAGGACGAACAACCGGUGCCAACUCUGUGCGAGCUCGCGGCACGAUGCGUCGCCUCCCACAUCCCCUUCGAGCUGGUGGAGCACUUUUACCCGCCGGUACCGGAACAGCUCCAGCUGCGCAUCGCCUUCUGGAGCUUCCCCGACAACGAAGAGGACAUACGGCUCUAUUCGUGCCUGGCGAACGGUAGCGCCGACGAGUUCCUUCGCGGAGAACACCUAUUCCGUUCUAGAAGCGUGAAGGAACCCCUACAGAUCGGAUUCCACCUGAACGCCAGCGUGAACCCGCAAAUGGUCCCGAAUGGCGUGCGACCUCAGUUCAACGUCGCCGUGACCUUCGACCGGCGGAAAAUCACGUCCUGCAAUUGCACCUGCUCCUCAACGGCCUACUGGUGCGCGCACGUGGUAGCCGUGUGCUUACACAGGAUACACAUGCCAACCCAAGUAUGUCUGAGGGCUCCCGUCAGCGAGUCCCUGUCGAGAUUACACCGGGAGCAACUGCAAAAGUUCGCCCAAUAUCUCAUCAGCGAGUUGCCGCAGCAGAUUCUACCUACUGCUCAGCGGCUGUUAGACGAGCUACUGUCGAUGCAACCGAGCGCCAUCAACAUUUAUUGCGGAGCGCCCGACCCUACCGCAGGAGCCUCGGCUCACGACCAGACGUCCUGGUAUUUAGACGAGAAGACGUUGCACGAUAAUAUAAAGAAGAUCCUCAUCAAGUUCUGCGUUCCAGCUCCCAUAGUGUUCAGCGACGUUAAUUACCUGAGCACAACCGCGCCUCCCGCGGCUGCCGAAUGGGCGUCGUUGCUACGGCCACUCAGAGGCCGUGAACCGGAGGGCAUGUGGAACCUUCUCUCGAUUGUGCGCGAGAUGUUCAAGCGGAAUGACCGCAACGCUAUACCUCUUCUGGAGAUCAUCACGGAGGAGUGCAUGGCCUGCGAGCAGAUCCUCGUCUGGUGGUUCAACACCAAGGUCGCGCUGCUCAACGGCACUGGAUACGGCGGCAAGCAUAAUAUGAACAGCAACGUUCACGCUUCCCAGCACGCGUGCUCAUCCCUGUGCGAUGAGAUCGUUGUAUUAUGGCGAUUAGCCUCGUUGAAUCCCGGCCUCUCGCCAGCGGAACGUGAAAUGCUGCAUGCUCAAUUUAUGACUUGGCACCUGAAGAUCAUAGACAAAGUCACCAAGAGCCGCGGCAGUUCGGUCUCGCACAAUCCGCACAACAGGAACAACAGCGGUAUGCAGAAAGAUUCCUUAAAGCAUGACGUCGCUGUAUUCACCGGUUUCAAGCCUGCACUCGAGGCUUGCUACCUGGACUGGGACGAGUACAUCUUGCCCGGCAUCACCUACACCGCCGGUAGCAACCCCAUGUAUCACUGUCCGUUUACCUGCUUUCGACACGCCGGGGACACGAGAACGGAGGUGAAUCAGGUGAACUCAAGCUCGGCCGUGUUAAAUUAUCAACCGCCGAUCUCACAUCAUCACAGUCGUCGACCGUUGAACGUUGGCCUGGUCGAAUUCAGUUACCUGGACAGACGGCGACUGAAUCCGCGCGAGUUCUCGAUGUGCUCGAGGAACGCUGGCGGUGGCGGCGAUGGGAAUCGUAGCAGCGUCAGCUCCGAGGGCUUCUGCGAGAACGACACUGACAUUCCCGACAUCACGGAAUCUCAAGUCGUCCUCGUUAGACAAGGGUGCGCUCAGCUGAACAACUGUGGUGAUACGGAUUCGCAGGAGGGAGGUGGCAGCGAGUCGUCUUCUAACAGCAACGUCAGCUUGAAGGAUGCUCAAGGCUCGGACAAUCCCCGCUCAAACGCCUCGUCCGAGACGAAUAGUGAUAGUAACGACAGUAGUAAUAACAAGGCCUCCUGCGAGGUCAAGUGCAGCAGGAUGAAUCACCCGGAGAAUCGCGACAAGUCGCGCGUGCAUAAGGACGCGACGGUCAAGAGCGAGCAGGAAUCCGAUCAAGAGAAAGAAGCCAGGCGACCGUUCAAGGACGAGAGCUCCUCGUCCAGUAGUGACAGUCCCUCGGGCGAUGAGUAUCAUGUGUAUUAUUACGAUCCCAAGACCAUGACCAACAACGGUGGCUUGCCGAGCAAAUACAUGAAAAACACCAGCCACGCCACGAGCACUCCGGACGCCAGCACGGUCUUGGACAAUCUGAAGAAAAUUGAGGAUCCAUGGGACAUCCUGUUCUCGCGAGCGGAAGGCCUCUACGCUCACGGUCACACGAGGGAAGCCUGCAUCCUCGGUGUGCAGCUGGCCGAGGAGCUCUUGGCCAAUCCGCCCGAUCUCAUGAUCGAGGGACCGCCAGCGCCAGUGAAGAGCAAACGGAAAAAGCAACACGUGAAUCCGGCGUCUCACCAGUUAACGUGUCUCGCGUCGGCAACUCUGGCGAAAUGCGGCUUCCUGUGCACGGUGUUGGCCGAGAAUCCGGAGCAUCACAAUCUGGCGUUUCGCGUGGGCCUCUUCGGCUUGGAGAUGGCCAGGCCGCCGGCGAACACGAAGCCGUUGGAGGUCAAGCUGGCUCAUCAGGAAAGCGAAUUAGUAGUAUUACUAAAGAGAAUCCCCCUGGGACCGGCGGAGUUAGCCAUGAUACGACAGAGAGCGGAGCAAUUGAGGGACGGCGUUAUGCGAUCAAGAGGACACGCGCUCUUGCCCAUCAUGUUGGCCAGCUUCAUAUACGACGCGCUCGACGUGCCAAGAGUGAAAUUGCCGGCAGAGAUCGACCCGAAUCUCGGAUUCGACGCAGCCGUGGCUGUCUUGGGAUUGAAAGCGAACGUGAGCGAAGCGGAUCAUCCUCUUCUUUGCGAGGGGACGCGUAGACAGAGAGGGGAGUUGGCUAUCACAUUGCUCGUUCAUUACAAAGACGAUCCCGUGAAAUUGGCUAGAAUCAUGGACAAAUUACUGGACCGAGACGUUCAUCAACUAAUCAAAUCGCCCAUUCUCAGUAGCUACUACACCUCCAACCCUCCUACUAAGAGCGAGAUGUCAAGAUGUGUUCACGACGAGGAACGCUCGUCGCCUCUCACCGGGAUGGACAACGGCGGGAAUGGUGAUAACAUCGUCGGCGGUAGCAGCAGACCUCACAGCAGUACGAGCGCCGAGCUAGAGAGUGGUAUAAGCGCGCUGACCGUACAACCGCAGAUUGUUCAGCCAUCUGUGCCUAUUAGAACUAAAGAAACGCGAUAUAAGAGUAAAAGAGUAUAUCCGUCUAUUCCCAAUCAGCCGUCGGAAGCGAGCGCACACUUCAUGUGCGAGCUCGCCAAAACUGUCCUAGCGAAGGCUGGUGGCACCAGCUCGACCUCGUUGUUCCAUCAGCCAUCCACCAGUCAGAACCAUCACGGUCCGCACAGAGCGCUUCAUAUGUGCGCUUUUCAGCUCGGUUUGUACGCCCUCGGUCUGCAUAAUUGUGUCAGUCCGAACUGGCUCAGUCGCACAUACUCGAGCCACGUGUCCUGGAUAACCGGUCAGGCGAUGGAGAUCGGAGCGCCGGCUAUCUGGUUCCUCAUCGACAGCUGGGAAGGCCACUUGACACCGCCGGAGGCUGCCAGUAUAGCUGACAAGUCUUCGAGAGGCAGCGACCCGAAUAUGGUCAGAGCGGCGUCGGAGCUCGCUUUGUCUUGCCUGCCGCACGCACACGCGCUCAAUCCCAACGAAAUCCAGAGAGCUAUAUCUCAAUGUAAGGAACAGAGUGAAGCUAUGCUGGAGAAAGCAUGCAUCACAGUGGAGAACACCGCGAAAGGCGGCGGUGUUUACCCGGAGGUGCUUUUCCAGGUGGCCAAGUAUUGGUACGAAUUGUUUCUCCGGCGAAAUCCUGGCGGCGAUCAGCAGGAUGAAGUUCCACAUGAUCCUUUGCAACUGGAUCUCAACGGAGUGUUGUUAGUCGAGCCAGGGCCUCCCGUGGACUUGCCGAAUAGCCAGAUGAUGCCCGGACCGACUCAAGCGGUUGUUGUGACCAGCACGCAACCGCCGCCUCAGCCUUACUCCGCUCACCCGACAAUUACAACUUUGGCGCCUCUAGGAGUCGGCAUGCCAUACGCUGUAGGCCCCUUCAGUUUUGUACAUCCCCAUCAUUCUAUCGCGACAUUCAGUGGCCCGAUGCCGCCUCAUCGUGUCACUCUACCACCCGCACCCCCGCAUAUGCAGAUGUACCAUGCGUUUCCACCUCACCCCGGGCAUCCGCAGCAUCCGCAACAUCCCCCACACCCGCAUCACCCACCUCCACCCGCACCGCCGCCACCUGGGCCGCAGUAUUACACGGCACAGCCUCCACCGACGCCAGGAGCGCCUCAUCACUUGUAUCCCAUGCCAGUCAAUGUCCAAGCGGGAGUAGCUGGUCCUCUCCCAGGACAAAACACCUUACCCGGACCGCAAUUGGUCCAAACACAACCCAUAAUAUCUACUGUGAGAGCUCAACCCCAGGUUCACAGGCAAAAUCAACAAUUCAGUCAGCAACAUUUGCGGACUCUCGUCUCCGCCUAUCGCGUGGGAAUGUUAGCUUUGGAAACAUUAGCUCGUAGAGUACAUGAUGACCGACCUCAGGCAAAGUAUGCUCGAAAUCCGCCCUACGGGGAGGACGUCAAGUUUCUGCUCAGGGUUGCGAAACGCCUCGGCACACAGUACAUGCACCAGCUCUGUAUCUGCGCUGUCAACAGCAUCGUCAGUCCCUUUGUUCUUCACCAUGUCGCUCUGGAAGCGGCUCAGUAUCUUGCUAGAAACAACCCGGCGCUCAUUCUGCAGCACUUGAGAUCUGCCCUAUUGGCGCCGCUAGUACACAAGUGCCAACAGAUGUAUAUUCAGUGUAUGCAUCAGAAGCUCUACCACUUAACAUCUAGCGAUUACGAAGAAUUCGCCAGUGUUGUAUGCGCGGCACGGGCUGCCUUCCAGAUCAAUCCCGAAGGAAAUACUCAGUUCAAGGAAUGGCUGCAAUCCAUUAAAAGAUCUCAAUCCUGCAAUAAAGAAUUGUGGACGCAGAUUAACGCGGCGCUACAACAGACCGGCAAAUGACACAGAAUCGAGCCAGCCGCGACGUGGCUCACCUCCCUUCCUCAUCACCCUCAACCUCCACCACCGCCGCCGCCGCCGCCGCCGCCACCGCCACCACCACCACCCACGAC